CUUAAAUCCACACACCCCCUUUGAAAAACCUAGAAUGCCAUAUCAAAACCCCGCAACACCAACCUACAUCCUCCGCGGCCACGCGGCUCCCAUCCACGCCCUCCGUUUUUUCGAUCAGAACCGCCGCCUCAUCUCCGGUGACGCCGAGGGCUGGAUCGUCGUCUGGGAUGUAGUCACCAAGCGGCCCGUUGCCGUUUGGAAGGCCCAUGAUGGUGCGAUUCUGGAGGUGAGAGGUGAGAUGGAUGGCUGGACCGGGGGGACGGUGGUUUAUACACAUGGUCGCGAUCAUAAACUUCGCGUUUGGAGGUAUGCCCGGAGAGAUGAGGAGGAGGGGGUGCUGGGGAGGGAGUUGCCGGUUGAGAUUGCCGGUGCUGGUGCUGGUGCUGGAGCCGCUGCCAGUUCAGCUGCCCAGCCGUGGCUUUUGCAUUCGUUGGCGGUUAAUGCGUUGAACUUUUGCGCGUUUGGGUUGCUGUGCCUCCCUUCUCCUUCUCCUCCUCCUUCUUUCGUGUCUGUGGAAGAAAGCGCUAGCUCAGGGGAGAUGCAGAGCGGAGCAGAGGUCCCUAGCACUGCGCCAAUAGCAGCAACAACCCCAGCAUCACCAGCAGCACCAGCAUCACCAGCAGCAACCCCAGCAAUAAUCGCCGUUCCUAACGCCCUCAACUCCGGCGCCAUCGACCUUUUCCACCUCCCCUCCGAGAAGCGCAUCUGCACGAUCCCCGCCGACUCCCAGGUCAAGACCGGAAUGGUGAUGGCUCUGUCACUGUUUCUCGCACCGCCCGGGGGUGGCGCGGGGGAUGCUACGGGGUAUUCCAGGAGGUCGUUGUUCCUAGCUGCAGCGUUCGAGGACGGGCAUGUUCUGGUUCUGCGCUGUCAGGUACCACUAUCAGCCCCAAGGGCCGCGGAAACCUCCGAAGAAGAGCAGCAAUGGAAGUGGGAAGAAGGACAGCAAUGGAAAUGGGAGAAGCUGUAUGCGAACCGCACCCACGAUCAGCCGGUAUUGGCACUCGAUAUCGCGCCAACUGGCGAAUGGGUGUGUUCCUCGGCGGCGGAUGCGCGGGUCGUCAAGCAUCCUCUUACGCUCCUCGACUCUCCGAGGGCCAGCGCGGGGAUUCAGACGGAGGCGAUCAAGAUCGUUGAUACGCGGCAUGCAGGGCAGCAGGGGCUGAGGGUGCGGAGUGAUGGGAAGAUCCUGGCGACGGCCGGGUGGGAUGCGCGCGUCAGGGUGUACUCGGGAAAGACGCUGAAGGAAGUGGCGGUGUUGAAGUGGCAUAAGGAGGGGUGUUAUGCUGUUGCUUUGGCGGAGGUUCUCGAGAGUGGUGAGAAAGAUCCUACAUGCGACGAUGAAGGCACAGGGAGCAGCCGCAGCCUGGCUGUCCUUCACCGACGACGAAACGAAAAGGUCCAACGCACCCAUUGGGUGGCUGCUGGGUCCAAGGAUGGCAAAAUCUCCUUGUGGGAUAUCUAUUAG